CUGGGAUAAACACAAAGCCCCCUUUCAUGGUAUUGGUAUUGUUCAUUCAUCAUAGAGAGUAUUAUUCAUUCAUCAUAGCUAAUAAAUUUAUCAAUGGGGCUGUUCGUGGAAUUCCUUAAUAAACCUAAUCAUCCAAUACAUUUCCUCGUUAUACCUUUAGUCAUCACCUUGGUUAUAGGUUUUGUUUGGUUGUUCACCAUCCUAAAAUGCUAUUUCACUAAUCGAACAGGAAGAAACAAGAACUUGCUAUCUGGAAUUUGUUCAUCUCCUCCUGUUGUUCCUGGAUUGCCAUUAUUAGGAAAUCUAUUGCAGCUAAAAGAUAAGGUUACCCACCAUGUUUUUGCAAACUGGGCAGAAAUCUACGGUCCUAUUUACUCCAUCAAAGCAGGAGCUUCUAAUAUUGUUGUCCUUAAUAGCACUGAUUUCGCCAAAGAGGCAAUGGUGACUAAAUUCUCAUUUAUUUCAAAGAGGAAGCAAACAAACGCAAUGAACAAACUUACAAACAAUAUUAUUAUCACAAGCGACUCAAAUGAAUACCAUAAGAUGGCAAGACGACAUGUAGUCACUCACAUGUUGGGAGCCGGUGCUCAGAGACGACAUCGUGCACACAGAGACAUCAUGAUAGAUAAUGUAGCACAUCAGUUACAUGCCCAUGCAAAGGAAAAUCCUGUGGACCAACCUGUAAAUUUCAGACGGAUACUCCAAACAGAAAUCUUUGGUCUAGCUUUGAAACAAGCACUGGGAGUGGAUUCGGUAGGAUCUUCAAAAUACGUCGAGGGGCUUGGUGAAACCUUGUCCAGAAAUGAGAUCUUUAAGGCUCUAGUGUUGGAUCCACUGUCAGGAGGAGCUGAGGUGGAUUGGAGAGACUUUUUUCCAUAUCUGAGAUGGGUUCCUAAUAAAAGCUUUGAAAUGCACAUUGGACGGAUGGAGACACGCAGGAUAGAAGUGAUGAAAACACUCAUUGAGGAGCAACAAAAAAGAAUUUCUUCGGGAAAGGAAAUAAAUUGUUACCUGGAUCGCUUGAUGUCCGAAGGAAAAUCACUGGCAAAGACACACCUCGCUAUGUUGAUCUGGGAGACAAUUCUUGUGGCUUCCGAAACAACGGUGGACACAGCAGAAUUGGCCAUGUAUGAACUUGCAAAAAAUCGAAAAUAUCAGGAUCACCUCUACGGAGAAAUUCAGAAGGUAUGCGGAAACAACAAAUACACGGAGGAGCAGUUUUCAGGGGUGACAUACUUAAGUGCCGUUUUUCAUGAAACUUUGAGAAGGCAUCCCCCUUUCCCCGUCAGUCCUCUGAGAUACGUACAUGAAGAUACUCAGCUAGGAGGGUAUGACAUUCCUGCUGGAACUGAGAUUGCCAUCAAUCUCUAUGGUUGUAACAUGGACAAGAGACAAUGGGACUCACCGGAAAAAUGGAAACCCGAGAGAUUUCUAGACAGUAAGUAUGAUCCGAAUGAUCUUUACAAGACUAUGUCAUUUGGAGGAGGAAAGAGAGUCUGUCCAGGAGCUUUGCAGGGACUUUCGAUUACUUGCACUGUUAUUGCUAGAUGCAUUCAAGAUUUUAAGUGGAGUUUGAAACCAGGAAGAGAGGAAGAAGAUAUAAAUACAGCUACCCCCACUAGUCAAAAGCUCAAUCCUUUGCUGGUAAUUGUAACUCCAAGAGAUUAUUGAUGGAGACUAAAUUAUGCUGUGUUUUAUUAAAAAAAAGUAUUGAAUAAAUAAUUAAAGGAUACUUGCGUGCA